AUGUCUUCCCAGCUUAUCACACUGGAGGAGAUCCCUACUUUGUCCUCCCUGUAUCGGCGGGGCCAGCUGGAUGCUGGGGAAUCUCAUCGGAUUCCAUCACAAACUCUCAACGAUGUCAUUGCCUGCAUCCGUCAGGACAUAACUACACUGCAGGUUGAUUGCAUUGUAAAUGCUGCCAACCAGUUUCUGUUAGGCGGUGGUGGUGUCGACGGUGCAAUUCACAGAGCAGCCGGACCAGAACUUGCGCAAGAGUGCCUUUUUCUGGAUGGCUGUGCAGUCGGGGAAGCCAAAAUCACCUCGGCUUACAACCUUCCCUGCGAAAAGGUCAUCCAUACCGUUGGUCCAAUGUAUGGGCUAGAGCGUCAACAUGAAUCUGACAGCCCCGAGCAAUUGCUCCGUUCUUGCUAUCGACGGAGCCUAGAGCUUGCAGUUGCAAACGAGAUGAGGAGUAUCGCCUUCGCAGCUAUCAGCACUGGAGUUUAUGCUUGGCCUAGUCAGGACGCUGCAAAUUCUGCCACUGAUGAAGUGCGGAAGUUCUUAGAAAGGCCAGAAAACGUGGAUAAGCUGGACCGAAUCAUCUUCUGCAAUUUUGAAAGAAGGGACAUGGUUGCUUAUAAAGUUGCACUGCCGUGA